CUCUCCAUAAAUGGGGGUAAGGCUAGUCGACAUUCACCUCUCCCAGACCAUGCAUAAAGCGGGAGCCUUGUGCACUGGGUACGACCUUUACCUUUACAAGCCUCCUGCGUACGGCAAGUGGUACCGAAGCCAAGAGUGUCGGUAACAGAGGGAGAAGAGUGUCAUUGACUCGGAUCGUUUCCCAUCGAAUAAAAAUGACUUGUAAUAACCUCAUAAACGUUCCUUUCUAUUUCUCUUGUUACGCGACUAAUCACUCGUAGAUGUUAGUUUCUGAGUUGGGUGCAAAACUCAACCCAUUUGUCAAGUUAUAAUUAAUAAUUAAAGAAAAGGGAAAAGGAUGGGAUAAGUUCGCCACUCUCCUCUUAUUUUUUUUGUCGAAAUCCACUCUCCCCAUAUUGACUGAGUAAAAAGUUUACAUUUUAAUUGCAAAGAAAAAUAGAAAAAAUUUUCUUUUCUUUCUACCACGUGUUCUUUUGCCCAAAGGGUAAAGAAAAUCAUCUCGAAUUACACUAGAGUAUAAAUUUCGAAAUAGUAGCCAAGUGAUAAGCUUCUUCUCUGGCGUUUAGGGCUUCUGUUUCACUCCAAAUCCCAAAAACAUUUCAAGUUUCAGGUUCGUAUCCAUGGCAUCAAAGUUUCCACCAAAGCUGGUUCAGGCGUCGAACUUUUUAGUCAAGAAUGGAGGUACUUAUUACAAGCAGAUGGUAGAGCAGAACAAGCACCAUGUCCAGGAGCCCCCCACCAUUGAGAAGUGCCAAACAUUAGCAAAACAACUGUUCUAUACUCGUCUUGCCAGUAUUCCAGUUCGUUAUGAAGCAUUCUGGAAGGAAGUUGGCUAUCUCAAGAAUGCAAUAAAAAGCAAGGAGGAGAUGAACGUGGAGAAUGCUGGCCUUGUUGCGCUCUUUGGAGUUGAAUGCUUUGCCUGGUUCUGCGGCGGUGAGAUCAUAGGAAGGGGCUUUACAUUCACCGGCUACUAUGUUUGAGAGGGUGGCGCCGCCUUAGGAGUAAUCUUUCAGCUUAGUUCUUGGUAAUUUUUACAUGCAAGUGACCUGGAGUGGCGAUUUUGAUUUUGCAUGAAAAAUUUUGUUUUCUGAAAUCUUUUACGUUUGAGCUGGAAAGCCAGCAAAACAUGGCUUACAAAAUAAUUCAAUGUGAUUUUGUUCUGCUUA